AUGGCGGCGCCCAUGCGGCUGUGCUGUGCCCUCCGCAUCACUAUUGGGGGUGUGGCGCCGCUUCGUACUGCAGCUGGAGCCAUUCAGGGAUCCAACCUUCUGAAUCGAGCUUCUGCUGCCUCUCUCCAAAGACAACAUUCGCUUCCACUGUUUUCCCCAACAUCAUGGCAGCAAACCAGACACGGCAGCUUUUUCAACAAGUUGACUGCGGAGGAGCUGUGGAGAGGCGUGCUGGCCGAGUCUGGCGCCGGAGCCAGGAAGGGUCGAGGGAAGAGAACCAAACGCAAACUGAAGAGAGAUCUGAACCGGGGACAGAACAUCGGCGAAGGUCGUGGCGGCUUCCUGUGGCCCGGGCUCAACGCUCCGGUCCUGAAGGAGGGCACGGUGCAGAGCAUGAGCCGGAGAGGCGAGGCCGAGCAGCUGGAGGUUCAGGCUGAACUCGUGCGCCAGAGAGACGAGUGGGAGAAGAGGAAGAAGAUGAAGGUGAAGAGAGAGCGGGGAUGGACCGGGAACUCCUGGGGGGGCACCAGCCUGGGCCCCCCGGACCCUGGACCCAACGGAGAAACCUACGAAGACUUUGAUUCUCGCGUCAUUGAGGUGAAGAGCGUGUUCAACAUGACGGCCAAAGAGGGCAGGAAGAGGUCCAUCAGCUGUCUGGUAGCUGUGGGGAACGGAAACGGAGCCGCAGGCUUCGCUUUGGGGAAAGCAGCAGACAGAAACACGGCUCUCAGGAAGGCCAAGAACAGAGCCAUGCACUACUUGUACUACAUCGAGCGAUACAACGACCACACCAUUUACCACGACAUCGAGUCCAAGUUCAAGAGGACGACGCUCCGCAUGAAAAAGCAAAACGAAGGUUACGGGCUGCACUGCCACCGAGCCGUCAUCACCAUGUGCAAACUGAUCGGCAUCAAGGACAUGUACUGCAAAGUGGAGGGCUCCGUCAACCUGCUCAACAUCACCCGGGCGCUCUUCACCGGGCUGGCCAAUCAGAAAACCCACCAGAUGACGGCGGAGAUGAAGCAGCUGCACGUGGUGGAGUUCCAGAAUCAGCGCGGCCCGCUGCCCAUCGUGGUGGCGAGCCCCAAAGACGGCGCCCGGCCCAACCCGGAGUCCGAGGACGAGAUCCCCGACACCCCGCUGCACUGGGACGACGUGCGAGCCGCGCAGGGAUUCAAACGCUCCACGUGGGCCAGCGUCAAGCGCACCAUCUGGUAGCAGAGCAGCGGCGAGACGAGGCCGGGAGGAAGAACACAUUACUGGACUGAGAGACGCCAGAGAGGACGGAGGGAGGAGCUGAGGUCAAAGGCCAAUAGUGACAAACUAUGCUUAAAAAAUAAAGUGUAUUUCCUGAUCAAUGUGGGCGUGUUGAAAAAUGUUGGAUGUGAUAAUAAAUCUGAUAUAAA